CCGGACCCGGACCCGGACCCGGUCCGGCGCGGCUGAGUCCGACCCAGCCGUCCGCCAUGGCGCCGCUGCCGCGCGGGACACUCGUGGGGGGCGCCGCGCUGCUCCUGCUGCUGCUCCCGGCGGUCGCGGCGGGGACUGCCUGUUUCCAGUAUACCAACAAGACGUGCCAGGAGUGCCUGAGCAAUGCCUCGUGUCUGUGGUGCAACACGAACAAUACCUGCUCAGACUAUCCCGUCACCCGGAUCCUGCCCCCCGCCUCUCUAUGCCAACUCAGCUCCGCGCGCUGGGGUGUCUGCUGGGUGAACUUCGAGGCCCUGAUCAUCGCCAUGUCGGUGGUGGGAGGCAGCAUCCUGCUGGGUGUGUGCUACUGCUGCUGCUGCUGUUGCCGCCGCCGGCGUCGCAGUCGGGAGCCCGACAAGCAGGAGGAGAAGGCCAUCCGUGAACGUGAGGAGCGACGCAUCCGCCAGGAGGAGAGGAGAGCAGAGAUGAAAUCAAGGCAUGACGAGAUCAGGAAGAAAUAUGGUCUGUUCAAGGAAGAAAACGCCUACGCGAGAUUCGAGAACCACUGAGACCACUCCUAGGCUAUGCAGCCUCCUGGCCGUCCACCAGGGCACCUCGGCCUGUCUCUUUCUCUCUCUCUCACUCUCUGUAUUAGCUGUUGGCACCUCAAGCCUAUCCCUCUCCUGACAUAGGGCCUGUGGGGUGCACAGUCUGCGGCUCUGGCUGCCAGAUUGCUGCCCC